AUGCGACAAAUUCAGGUCGAACUUGAGAGUGUUAUUAUGAAUAGUUAUACAAAACUACUCGCUAUCCUACAACCAAAUACAAGUCGACGAAUUCUACUUCAACGUCGUGAUGCUUUUCAUAGUAAUACGGUUAAAUCACCGAUAAAUAUCUCAGGUUCCUCAGCUGUCAACACAAAACAACAGUCGAGAUUUUCAUCAACGGAUUCUUCUUCGAAGACAUUAGAUUAUGAAGCAAAAAAUGCGUACAAAUUACAUUUAUUAGAAGAAGGGCCCAAAACAAAUGUUUCAUGUAAUCGCGAAGAAGGAUUAGAAUUUUACAAAAAAAUGCAAGUUGUUAGACGAAUGGAGGCAUCAGCUAAUAAUAUGUAUAAGUCAAAACUUAUUCGUGGAUUCUGUCAUUUAUAUUCUGGUCAAGAAGCUGUUUGUGUCGGUAUGAGAGCCGCUAUGGACAAAAGUGAUUCAUUAAUAACAGCUUAUCGUGCUCAUGGUUGGUCUUAUAUGAUGGGCGUCUCGGUAACUGGUGUAUUAGCAGAAUUAACCGGAAGAAAGUCUGGGUGUGCUGAAGGUAAAGGUGGAUCUAUGCAUAUGUAUGCACCAAAUUUUUAUGGUGGAAACGGAAUUGUGGGAGCUCAGGUGCCACUCGGUGCCGGGGUUGCUUUCGCUCAUAAAUAUCGUGGUGAACCUAAUAUCUGUGUGGCAUUAUACGGGGAUGGUGCAGCUAAUCAAGGACAAGUAUUUGAAGCGUACAAUAUGGCAAAACUGUGGGCAUUACCAUGUAUUUUUGUGUGUGAAAAUAACGGUUAUGGAAUGGGUACAAGCGCAGCUCGUGCAAGUGCUAAUCCACACUUUUAUACCAGAUGUGAAUAUAUUCCAGGCAUUUGGGUCGACGGCAUGGAUGUGUUAGCUGUCCGUGAAGCAACACGUUUUGCAAAAGAGUGGUGUGUGUCUGGAAAAGGUCCAAUGAUCAUGGAAAUGGCCACUUAUCGUUAUUUUGGUCAUAGUAUGUCUGAUCCUGGCACAAGCUAUCGUACUCGUGAAGAAAUUCAAGACGUGAGAAAAAGUCGUGAUCCAAUAACAUCAUUUCGUGAAAAAGUAAUUCAAGCUGGACUUGCGAGUGACGAGGAAUUUAAGACAAUUGAUAAUGAAGUAAAGAAAAUUGUAGAAGAUGCAGAAAAUCAUGCUCAGAAUGAUCCAGAAUUACAUGUUGAUGAAAUGUAUUCACAUGUUUAUUCUAAUCCACCAAAAAAUUAUAUGAUACGUGGAUGUGACAGUUUUACAUACAAAGAAGCAACAAAAUAA